AUGCGCUUCGUACAGGCUCUUCGACGUUCGAUCAAAGGUGAUAAGGACAAAGGACCAGUCACUCCCAAAUCGGCUGUCGCCAUUGUUCCUCCCAAGAAGGUUAUUCGAGCCCUUUACGAUUACGAGGCCCGUUCCAGCCAAGAACUCAGCUUUUCGAGAGGCGACUUUUUCCACGUUAUCGGCCGCGAAAACGAUCAAGACUGGUACGAAGCAUGCAACCCAGCUCUUCCUGACGCCCGGGGUCUCGUGCCCGUAACCUUCUUCCAAGCCCUUGGCCGAACCGAGCGAGAUAGUGCACAGUCCGACGGAGGUCAACCCCCCUCCCCGCCUAAGAACCCCGACCAUGAUUCCGGAUACAGCGAGUCGCCAGCAACGCAUCCUGCGCCAGCCGUCAUGUCACCUACCACAAAUGCUGCGCCCCAAGGCCACCAGCGAAAUUCAAAGUCAGUCGGAAAGACGGGUGCCAUGGUUUACGGAAUUGUCAUGUACGACUUUGCUGCGGAAAGAGCAGACGAGUUAGAGGCAAAGGCUGGCGAGGCCAUUAUUGUUAUUGCACAAUCGAACCCCGAAUGGUUUGUCGCCAAGCCCAUCGGUCGAUUGGGCGGCCCUGGAUUGAUCCCUGUAUCAUUCGUCGAAAUUCGAGAUAUGGCAAGCGAUAAGGCGAUUCAGAACCCAGGAGAUGCCAUCAAGCGUGCCGGUGUGCCCAAAGUGGAGGAAUGGAAGAAGAUGGCUGCUGAAUACAAGAAUAGUAGCAUCACGCUGGGCAAGUUUGAAGGAGGCGGUCCCGGACAACCUGGACAAGGUAUCGAGCAAGGGAUGGAACGCAUGAGCAUUCAGCAACAGCAACAUUCCCGACAACCUUCACAGAACGGAACGCAGCAAGGAUACGCAAGCCAGCCUCGAACUUCUCAGCAGCCGCAGCCGCAGCCUCAGCAAGGCCAGGUGCAAAAACCUGCUGCUCCGCUCCAUGCUCCCCUCGAAGCACGGAUACCACGAUACUGUUUUGCUGAGGACAAGUAUUGGUUCGUGAUCGAAGCCGUGCUCGAAGAUGGUCGACAAUGGGAGCUUUCUCGUUACUACGAGGACUUUUACGAUUUCCAGAUUGCCCUACUCACCGAGUUCCCGGCCGAGGCUGGCAAUACGGGGACACAGAAGCGCACUCUGCCAUACAUGCCUGGUCCGGUCAACUAUGUGACAGAUGCGAUUACUGAGGGACGAUUGCACAACUUGGACGCCUACGUCAAGAACAUGCUCAACCAACCCCCUUACAUUUCAAGAUGUAACUUGGUGCGACAAUUUUUCGCACCCCGCGAAGGAGACUACGAGAUCGACCCCAACGAUAACGAAAAUGAAUAUCGUCUGUCGCAAGGCUCCCAACUCUCAUCUAUGGAAUCUCCUGCUGGUGGCUCGCAAAACAACUUGAAUGGUAGUGGAUAUGGUCUGGGACCAGCGCACCCUGAUAUGCAAACACAAGCAUCAUCAUUGUCGCAACCUUCGCAAGCCUCGUUAGGCGGGGGCAUGCAACCUCCCGCACAACCACCAUCUGCAAUGAAGAUCAAGAUGUAUUUCAACGGCGAUCUCAUUGCCAUUCGAGUACCGACGGAUAUUUCGUUCCAGGCACUAUACGACAAGAUCUGCGAUCGCUUGAAGAUUCCAGCCAACGAGGAGAUCCAACUCUUCUACAAGGAUGAGCCUACCGGAGACAAGCCAAGCAUGAUAAGCGACAACGAUCUGGACUUUGCUCUUCAGCGAAACGAGAAGCUGCUCCUCUACGUGGAGGCCGUAUAA